AUGUUCAAAAGAUUCUUCAGUUCUUCCGUAUCCAAAUCCCACAUGAGCUCCCCACGCCAUCUUGUCAACAUUCUGCUGCUCACCAACGAAGAGUUCAAAGCCUUAGUGACGAAAGCUGAGGCACUCAAAAAGGUGGUGAAAACAGGCAAUGUCGCCCUGAUAAAGGAGAAUCACGAUAAGCUUUUGGGCAAAGUGGUUGCCCUCUUGUUUUCAAAGAGGUCCACUCGUACCAGAAUCUCCACUGAAGGUGCUGCUGCUCAUUUCGGUGCCCAACCCAUGUUCUUGGGCAAAGACGAUAUCCAAUUGGGCGUGAACGAGUCGAUGUACGAUACAACCAAGGUGAUUUCGUCAAUGACAUCGUGUAUUUUUGCUCGUGUCAACAAGCACCAGGAUAUCGUGGACUUGUGCAAGGAUUCGUCGGUUCCCAUCAUCAACUCUCUUUGCGACAUGUACCAUCCACUUCAGGCAAUCGCCGAUCUUUUGAGUAUCAAGGAGACGUUCGGCAAAACUGAGGGGCUCAAGUUGGCGUGGAUUGGCGACGCCAACAACGUGAUCAACGAUCUUGCAAUUGCUGCGUUGAAGAUGGGGAUUUCUGUGUCUGUAUCGAUUCCACCUUCGGUGCUGUUUGAGAAAGUGAUUGUAGACGACGCAGAGAAAUUGGUUCAGGAAAGCAAUGGCAAAGUGUCAUUUGAGGUGGUCAACAGUCCAGCUGCAGCACUUAAAGAUGCCAAUGUCGUUGUUACAGAUACGUGGAUUUCGAUGGGCGAAGAGCUGCAAAAGGAAGCCAAACUCAAGCAGUUCGAAGGGUACCAAAUCACCCAGAAAAUGGUGAAGAACGCUGGCGUUGCCAGCAACUGGAAAUUUAUGCAUUGCUUGCCCAGACACCCUGAGGAAGUCGCCGACGAUGUAUUCUACAGUGACAACUCCAUAGUGUUUGAAGAAGCGGAAAACAGACUAUAUGCUGCGAUGGCCGUGAUCGAAGCCUUUGUGGUGAACAAGGGAGACCUUCUCAAGUGA